UCAUCCCCAAAUCAAACAACACAUCCCUCCUCUCUCUCUCUCUCUCUCUCUAACUAACCCUUUCUCUCUCUCUUGCAAUGGCUGGAAUUCUUCUCCUCACCAUUGCAUCAUUAGCAUCACUUUUUGCUGCAACAACUGCUAGAAUCCCUGGUGUUUAUAGUGGUGGCCCUUGGACAAGUGCUCAUGCUACUUUCUAUGGUGGUAGUGAUGCCUCUGGAACAAUGGGCGGUGCUUGUGGAUAUGGGAACCUAUACAGCCAAGGCUAUGGAGUAAACACAGCAGCACUAAGCACAGCACUAUUCAACAAUGGCUUAAGUUGUGGAGCAUGUUUUGAACUCAAGUGUGAUCAAGAUCCACGUUGGUGUAACCCUGGAAACCCAUCAAUCUUGAUCACUGCAACAAACUUUUGCCCUCCAAAUUUUGCUCAACCUAGUGACAAUGGUGGCUGGUGCAACCCACCUAGACCUCACUUUGAUCUUGCUAUGCCUAUGUUCCUUAAGAUCGCUCAAUAUCGUGCCGGAAUCGUCCCCGUCGCUUACCGCCGGGUACCAUGUAGAAAAGCAGGAGGCAUAAGAUUCACAAUCAACGGUUUCCGUUACUUCAACUUGGUUCUAGUCACCAACGUCGCGGGUGCAGGGGAUAUCAUCCGCGUGAGUGUUAAAGGAACCAACACCGCAUGGAUGCCAAUGAGUCGUAACUGGGGGCAAAACUGGCAAUCCAACGCAGUUUUUGUUGGUCAGGCUCUUUCUUUUAGGGUUACCGGCAGUGACCGUCGUACAUCAACAUCGAUGAACAUUGCACCACCUCAUUGGCAAUUUGGACAAACCUUCACCGGAAAAAAUUUCCGAGUCUAAAAAGAAGGAAAAUAAAAUUUAAACAAAAACCAUUACUUUCUAUUGUCCUAUUUUUGACUUGUUUGUUUAAGUUUCCCUCCUUCAAAUUUUCCUUUAUUUUCCCGGGAAAAAUUUGAAGUGGGUAUAUAGUAGUAGUAGGGUUUCAAAAAGAAAGUUAAAGUUGGGUAGUUUUAGGAAAAGUAAAGGUGAAAGUGAAAUGAAAGUAAGUUUAUUUUAUAUUAUUAGUUUAAUAUAUGAAUGGGAGGGGGGUGUUUGUAUUAAAUGUUAUAAAGUGUAAUGUGAUGGGUGAUGCUGGUAUAUUUAUUACCCAGCAUUGAAACCCAUUUCUUUAUGUUUUUUUUUUUUUUACUUAAAAGUGUGUAUAGGGUUGAAGAGGUUGCAAGGAUAAUGAACAUGUAACCCGCAGCUCUAGUUUUAUUAUUAUCAACUAAAGUUUGCUACCUUAUAAAUAAUGAUAUAAUAUAUUUAAGUUGUUA